AUGUGGUCUCUUCUGUUUCCUUCAACUUUAUUCGAUGUAAGUGGUAAAAUACGGUCAUCAAAUUUUUAUUGAUUAAAAUUACUGUAACAAUUUCAGUUCUUUGCCUGUGAUUUAACCCGAGCUUUCUGCGCACAAAACAGUGGCGAUGAAUGUGGCCCUUUGAAUAUCUGUCAGUAUUUGAUGCUCUUUUUGAUGGUUGGACUUGUCGUAUUCUUGGUUGUGAUGGUCCAUCUCUGCGCUUGGAUCAUCAAUGAGAUCCACUCGGUCAGACUUUCUAUUUUUUUUUUGAAAUUCUUAUUAGAAAUAUUAAGGAAAAUAAGUGUAUAAAUUUGAUUUUUUGUAGUUAUCCUACCAUCAGUAUGACGACCUUCAGCUCACCGCCAAUCUGGAACACAUCCUAAAAUUAGAAGCAGGGAUUUCCGAAGCCGGCGAUUAUCAUCACGAAUCGUACGCUCAUCUGAGAAAUGCUCUCCGACAUCUGAAUAGAGAUGCAUUUGAUAUGUAA